AUGAGCCCCGACAAAAAAGAAAAAUGGAGGUGCAAAGUUUGCCGUUCUAAGAACAAUCGUGCUGAUAUAGACGGGGUCGAUGCUGGCUCUGACUCGAUUUCGUCCUGCGAAACCACGACACUCGCGGCGCAAAUCCUGACCAUCAACGAAAAGCUAGAUUCAAUACUUUCUCUGAAGGCUAGCGUAAAUUUACUGCUCGAGCUUCCCGCAAAGGUGAAUGAGCUCUUGCUCCUCAAGCCUACCAUAGAUCGCAUGAAAGUGACUGCGGAGGAGGUUCAAACUUCCAUUUCCUUCCUAGGAAAGAAAUACAAUAGCCUCCUCGCCACGGUGUCUGCUCAUGCGACGGACAUGAACGAGCUGCGUACGGAAGUGGCUUCACUAAAGGACACGCUUUGCGAACAGGCACAUACUAUCCAAAGCCUCCAAACCGAGAUGAACGACGCUGACCAACGCGGUCGCCAACAUAUUAUGGAAAUUCAUGGAAUGACCGUCAAACCCGACGAGGCUCUCCCUUCCAUCUUAGCGGGGCUGGCAGACAAGCUAGGAAUUCCGGGACAUCAACCAGCUGAUGUCGUGUCGGUUUUCAGGCUACCAGGCAAACGAUCUAUAAAACCACCUAUUUUGGUCAAGUUUACAUCUGUAGCCACUAAAGACAAAUGGAUGCAAGCUCGUAGCAAGCUCAGGCAAUUUUCUCGUGACAAUCCACCCGAAAGACUGUAUUUCAACGGCAGCUUAACUCAAACCAACAGAGAACUUUUCUGGCAGGCACGUACUUUUGGAAAAGAACGCGGUUACAAAUUUGUGUGGGUCAAAAAUGCUCGAAUUUAUGCCAAAAAAGAUGAGGGCGCUUCUCCGGUACGGAUUCAGCAGAGAAGUGACCUGGACCUAAUCACAUAA